CGUUGGGGUAUUAAAUAAAGGCACGCUGUGUUGACUGUGUUAAUCCUGUUGUGUUUUCUGUCUGAUAGCAGCAAGGAUUAAAGUCGUCAAAAGAUAUCCAGUAAAAUAAGCAUCAUGGCUCUGGAUGAUUGUGGCCGUCUCUGCAAAUAUACGUUGUUUAUUUUCAACCUCAUCUUUGCACUGGUGGGAUUUGUGUUCCUGGGUCUGGGCCUGUGGCUGAGGUUCAGCGAUGGCACCAGAGCUUUCUUUGAAAUUGAAGACUUCAACUCAAGUACAUUCGUUAUUGCGGUGACUGUCCUGAUUAUCACGGGCUUGGUGAUGCUGAUCGUCGUCGUGUUUGGAGUCUACGGCGCCUGCAACGAGAAACGAUGCGCUCUGCUAACGUUUUUGGUCCUGGUGACCAUCCUGGCAGGAGCUGUGAUUGUUUUUGGAGUGAUUGCUUAUUCCAGCAAAGAGGAGAUUGGAUUGAGAAUUGCAGAGUUCUACUCUAGCAUAUAUGUGCUGUAUGUGGCUAACAGCGACCCAGUUCUUGCUGUCACUCUCACAUUCAUCCAAAAACUGCUUCACUGCUGUGGAGCGACCGGGAUACCGUCGUUAGACUUUGCUAAGGAAACCUGUCCCGACCCAGACACCAUUUGGGAACACAUCAAGAUGGAUGCUUGUCCUGGGGUGAUUGUUGAUGUCUUCAACAGAAAUGCACCGGUGGUGUUGGGCGUGUUCGUCGGAACUGGAGUUAUUUUGUUCUGAAACAGCCCUCGUCAAAAUCACAAACGAUCUCCUCCGUGCGGCUGACUCUGGACUGCUCACCAUCCUCAUCCUCCUCGACCUCACAUCUGCGUUUGACACCAUCUCCCACCCACUGCUCCUCAAACGUCUGGCAGACAUUGGGAUCACUGGUGCUGCACUCUCCUGGUUUACAUCCUACCUUACAGACAGAAAACAGUAUAUACAACUCAAUAAUCACAAGUCCAGCUGCUCCACUGUUUCACAUGGUGUCCCCCAGGGGUCAGAUUUGGGUCCACUCCUCUUCAUCAUUUACCUCCUCCCCCUUGGCCCCAUCCUCCAUGAGGUCCAAUUUCACUUUUAUGCUGAUGACACACAGGUCUACAUAUCCACCAAACCCAAUGCUGCCCUGCCCCCCACCUCGCUCACCACCUGCCUCCAGGACAUCAGGAGCAGGAUGAGCCGUAACUUCCUCAAGCUCAACGGGAGCAAAACUGAGGCCCUGUUUGUUGGCUCCAAAUCCACCCUCUUCAAAGCUCCACCCACCUCUGCCCCAGACCUAAUCAUAGACGGUUUCCCUGUCCCAUACUCUACCCAGGUCAAGAGCCUUGGUGUCAUUAUGGACUGCUCCCUCUCAUUUGCACCCCACAUAUAAAACAUCACCCGGACUGCAUUCUUUCAUAUACGAAACAUCUCCAGACUCCGCCCAUCCCUUUCUCAAUCCAGUACUGAAGUCCUGGUUCAUGCAUUCGUCACAUCCCGUAUUGACUACUGUAAUACCAUCUUCUCAGGUCUUCCCAUCAAACUCCUCAAUAAACUCCAAAUCAUUGAAAACUCUGCUGUCCGGAUCAUGACCCGCACCAAAUUCUCUGACCACAUCACCCCCAUCUGGCCCCCACCUAUCUGGCUGGCCUCCUACACCCCCUCUCGCUCCCUCCACUCCUCCUCUGCUGGCCUGCUAACUGUCCCGACCCCACGCCUAGUCACAAUGGGGGCUCGGGCUUUUAGCUGCACUGCUCCCAAACUAUGGAACCCUCUCCCCCUUCACAUCCGACAGUCUGACACAAUCACCACAUUCAAGUCCCUCCUUAAAACCCACCUGUUCAGAUCAGCCUACUCACUGUAGUACUACAUGUCUCCUGUUUCCCUACAUGUUCCCGGUUACGGUCCUUUUGUACUGUCUUAAACCUUUCCUUAUAAUAUUUUAUGAAUUGUAAGGUGUCCUUGGGUGCUUUGAAAGGCACCUCUAAAUAGAAUGAAUUAUUAUUUAUUAUUUAUUAUUAUUAUUCUUCAUCAUCGUGGACAUAGAUAAUGUGACACAUCCGUUUAAUAACAAACUGUGAGGAAGAGCAGGGAUACUGUAGGAUGAGAUAACAUUUUUUUUAGCCAUGUUUAUCGUAAUAAGCAUCGUCUUUUUUCCUCUAAUGCUUUUUACGUUUUUGUGGAAGCGUUAAAUACAAACUGAACCACUGGAAAUAUUGUUUUUAAAUUAAUAAUUUAUGCAUAAAUGAGAAAGGGAUCAUGUUCUGUAAAAUCAAUUUAGAUGAUAUGAAAUGUUUACGUAAGGUCGGGUCGUAUAUGUCCCUGUCGACACCUUAAAGUGGGAAUUGUUUUGCAAUAGAUGGGAUUUUUCCAUAGUUUUGCAUUCCAUAACAUUUAUUUUUUACGUGAUUGUGCAUCAUGAGGACCACAGGAUUCAACUUAAAUAAAGUAAAGGACCUUUUUGAGUGUGACAUCGGUCGUCAGGUACUGACUUAAGAGGCUGUUAAUCUUACUGUAUAAACUAAGUGUAUAUGCUGCCUUCCUGUAAACACUGCUUUGGUUCAAAGGUAAACACCACGACAUUAAUGAACAUUAUAUUCACAUUUUGUAUUCCUUCAAGUGCCUGCAAACAAAUUUUUGUGAUCAAAUGCAUCAAGUGUCUUGUUUAGUAUUGCUUGUCCUUCUCUUUGUCUUUGCUCUGUAGUUGUUGCACUAUAUACAUUUUCUAAUAAAUAUUCCAUAGUGGGCUUUUCCCCUUUUCUUCA